AUGAAGGUUGCUGCCAUGUUCUCUACUGCAUUCAUCGCCAGUGCAUCUGCUUUUGCCCCCAAGACCAAUGUCGCUUUUCGUCAUGUCACCCAAAGAUCUUUCUCUCGCGCCACUGCUGCGUUGAUGGCCAAUCCUAAAGUCUACUUUGAUAUGGAAGUUGGUGGAGAAGACGUCGGUCGUAUCACCUUUGAACUUCGUGCCGAUGUUGCUCCCAAGACGGCCGAGAACUUCCGUGCUCUAUGUACCGGAGAGAAGGGAUACGGAUACGCUGGAUCCACUUUCCACCGUGUCAUCCCUCAAUUCAUGUGCCAAGGUGGAGACUUCACCAACCACAAUGGUACUGGAGGAAAGUCGAUCUACGGAGAAAAGUUCGAGGACGAAAACUUUGACCUGGUUCACGAAGGAAAGGGAAUCCUCUCUAUGGCUAACGCCGGACCAGAUACCAAUGGCUCGCAAUUCUUUAUCUGCACAGUUGACACACCCUGGUUGGAUGGCCGUCACGUUGUUUUUGGCAAGGUUGUCGAUGGUUUGGAUGUUGUUGACAAGAUCGAACAAGUUGGAUCCCAAAGUGGAAUGACUGAUAAGCCAGUCGUCGUCAAGGACUCCGGAGAAAUCGAAGAAUAA